AAGUGUAUUGUGCAAAUGCAGCAUUUAUGUUUCAGUCGUCAAGCAUAAGUUUGCUAUAAUCACAAGAGUGGAUACUUGAUAAAAAAACUAAGUUGGCUGUGUAUUUUAUUAAUACGCAAGAGUAUUGUUGAUUAUAUCACACAUUUAAAAUAAUAAACAAAAAGUAAAGACACGUGAACGGUAGCGGCUAAUGCAUAACAUUGCAUCAACUAUAAGCACUCAUCUGUGAAAUAAAACAGGAAUUAAGUGUAGAAUAUAGGAAAAGAAUUUUUACAUGACAGUAAAAAAAAUGUAUAAAUGAUAUUAUUGACAAAACGUCAAUAUUAUUAGCUCAAAUUCUUAAGGCUUUACAAUCUAAUAAAUCUCAUUGACGAAUCAAUGACGUCGAAACUGAAAUUCAUAGCUCCAAGAGAUUGUUCGUGGCAAGAGGAUAAACCUGAUAUUGAUGCUCACACAUCAACUCAAUUUGUCUAUAACGCUCAUCAUUCUUUAGCGUUAGAUUUACAACGUCAACGAUUGCCAAUUCAUAAAAAUCGUAAUCAUAUUAUUUAUCUUCUGGAAAAAUAUCAAACACUAGUGCUUUUAGGUGAAACUGGCUGUGGGAAAAGCACACAAGUCCCACAGUAUUUAGUAGAAGCAGGAUGGAGUGCGAACGGCAAAAUGGUUGGAAUAACCGAACCAAGAAGGGUAGCUGCUACUGCACUAGCAAGUCGUGUAGCUGAUGAACGUGGGUGCAUACUAGGAACAGAAGUUGGCUAUUGCAUACGAUUUGAUGAUUGCACUGAUGAUAAUACAAAGAUCAAGUACAUGACCGAAGGUAUUUUAUUGCGAGAAAUGAUGAGAGAUCCUCUACUAACCAAAUAUUGCAUCAUAAUCCUUGAUGAAGUCCACGAAAGAACUCUUUUGACGGACAUAAUAAUGGGACUGUUAAAAAAAAUUAUUCGAAAAAGAAAAGAUUUAAAAAUUAUCGUCUCAUCGGCUACUGUUGAUGCUGAAGAACUGCGUGAUUUUUUCAAUACUAAUACUACGAAAGAUCGAUCGAAAGAUACUGCAGUUAUUCUGAGCGUUGAAGGACGAUUGUAUCCAGUAGAUAUAUUCUACAUUGAAGAACCAAUAGCAGAUUAUGUGAAAUCAGUAGUUGAUACUGCACUUAAAAUCCAUGAGAAUGAAGAUUCAGGUGACAUUCUAGCUUUUCUUACGGGAAUGGAUGAAGUUGAUCGAGCAGUUUCAUUAUUAAAAGACCAUGCACAGCUUAUCAGAGAAGGAAAACAAAAACUAUUACCUUUGCCCAUGUAUGGAUCUUUACCAAAUUCAGAACAACUCAAAGUAUUUUGGAAAGCUCCGAAAGAUACAAGAAAAAUCAUUGUAGCGACUAAUAUUGCAGAAACAUCAAUCACCAUACCUAAUAUUGUUUAUGUGAUUGAUUGCGGUUUUAUCAAAAUUCCAUGGUUCGAAGUCGAAACGCAAACUAAUACCUUAGUAGUUGCUCCAGUAUCAAAAGCUUCCGCGGAUCAACGAGCAGGACGAGCUGGCCGUACUCAAUCGGGAAAAGCUUAUCGAUUGUAUUCAGAAGAAGAAUAUAAUAAUUUAUUUGAUUCAAUACCACCACAAAUGCAACGAUCAGAUUUAGCUCCAGCAGUUCUUCAACUUAAAGCUUUAGGAAUCGAUAAUAUUUUGAGAUUUAAUUUUCCAUCAUCUCCUCCUAGUAAAAAUCUAGUUGCUGGAUUAGAGUUGUUAUUUGCACUGGGAGCUAUUGACAGAAAUGGAGACUUAACAUCUCCAACAGGAAUGACGAUGGUUGAACUACCUUUAGAGCCGGUGUUGGCUAAAUGUUUAAUUAUUUCAGGUGAAAUGGGCUGUUCAGAUGAAAUAUCAACAAUAAUUGCAAUGCUUCAAGUACAAAAUGUAUUCAUUUCCCCUGCAGGAGGUCAAGCAUCAAUCAAAGCUCGAAUUGAACACAGAAAGUUUGAAGUUGAAGAGGGUGAUUUACUCACUUUGUUGAAUGUUUAUACUGCAUAUGAAAAAAAUAAAACACCUAAGUGGUGUCAAAAGUGUUUCCUAAAUGUUAAAGCGCUUAAAAGAGCUACAGAAAUUCGUACAAAAAUGCGACAUUUAAUGCAAAAUUUAAAGAUUCCGAUCAUAUCAUGUUCUGGAAAUGUAACAACGAUUCUAAAAUGCAUUACUGCUGGAUUAUUUCCUAAUGCAGCUUAUUUGCAUUAUUCAGGAGUUUAUAAAACAGUUCGAGGUGAUCGUGAUUUGUAUAUUCAUCCGAAUAGUUGCUUAUAUACAGUUCAACAACCGCAAUGGAUAUUAUUUUAUGAAAUUUUACAAACAAACAAGAUUUAUAUGAGAGAAUUGACUGUAAUUAGACUCGAGUGGUUAUUAGAAUUAGCACCACAUUAUUAUCAAAGAACUACAUUAGAUGCGAACCAUUAAUAAUUAUUUUUUUCUAAAAUAAAAUUUUAAUUAAAAUCCAAUUCUCGUCAAUAUUGUUGUUAAUAUUGAUUCGAUUUUAACUAAUUCUAAAAUUCCAUAAUACAUAAAUCAAAUGUGUAAAUAUAGAUUAGGAGCCAAUUGGCUUUAUUCAAUAUCUCCUAUUGAACACUUCGAAAUAUUUCAUUUAUUCAAAAUCGAUUUCGAGAAGUAAUCGACAUUGAAAAUGAAUAAUUGUAUAAGGAGAGAGGAUUUUUAAUUUUUAUAAACAACAAAAAUAUUUAUAAUGUCAUAAAAAUGUAUUAAUCGACAAAGAGAAAUAUAUGUCUGACAAUAAAUAAUAUAUUGACAAGGAAUCUAUAGGCGAAUAACAUACAUAAAUUUGAAAAACGAAUAUAAAAAAAAUAUAAUUAGUAUUUAAUACAUCAUACUUAGGUCAUGGAUUUUAUUAAAAA